UUUUUUGUGUUCAUCCUAGUUCAUAUGUUUCUAGUUAUUGUUUGUGGCAAUUUUCAUUUCUUUGUCAAUCUGAUAUGUGCUGUGAUAUUAAUGGAUUUGUCUCUGGCCUCUUUGAAUUUGAUUACUCUUCUUUGACCCAAAGAACUGAACAAAAUUUGGUUUUAGUUCAAUACUAUUCACUCUUUUUACCUAACAAAUCACCUCCUCAACAUGCUUUUUUUCACUUUUGUUUUUUCAGUUUUCCAUUUCUCUAAAAAAAGGUAAAUCAUUUCUCUGGUGAGUAAACACACAGUGAUGAUUGGUAAAGGGGACUGAUAGAGUGAUAGUUACUUUAUUGUAUGUGAAAUGUAUCUAACUUGUACUUUAUCAUCUUUUGAAGGAAAGAAUAUAUGUGAAGAAGCAUGGGUGCAUGGGAUAUUUGAUGCCAUACCUUCCUAGAUGAAAUUCAGCAUAGAGAGUUUAUAUAGUGUUUGGAGUAUGGCACAGAGACUAGGAACUAGUGGAAGGACUUCUGGGCAGCAAGACAUAUCAGAUGAAUUGCAAAUAAAUCGAGCUUCUAAGUUUCUUGAAAGUCAUGAAUUCCCUUCCAGCAAACCUUGUAUUGACAAGCGUCAUGAAGUCAGAAGGCGUGCUGUGAAUGCACACUUGGUCCAGCUGAAAACUUCCAAGAAUUUCCAAAAGCAGCAACUAGGGAGCGUUAGCAAAGGCGAUGAGCUCGUGAAACACAUGUCGAAUUUGCCCGUGUAUCUCCAGCGAGCAGAGAAUGAAAAGAGUGUCCAGGAAAAAGCUUUGAAUUUUGGAGUUCUUGACUGGAAACGUCUGGAAAAUUGGAAGUUGAAUGAGAGUAUGCCUGCAAGAAGUCACCGAAAAUCAUCUUCUGCUGUGAGUGAUUCUCUUGCUGUGACUAGCAAGUCUUCAUCUCAAGAACAAAAGCUUGAAAUUGACAAUGAAGUCAAUCUUGCUCCUAAGCCUCAAAAUAUCGUUAGCCUUUCACCCAAGCCCAAACAUUCUCGUAGGAGUUAUUCAGGAAUUCCUCAGAUUUCAGAAUCAAGAACACUUCCCAAUGGCGAUUCAGUAGAGCCAGAGAAGAAUAGAGAUUCUGGUAGCUAUAAAGAACUCUAUCCCACUACACUUUCAUGUUCCUUGCCUGUAAACGAGUCAAGUAGCAGCAAAUCUGGAGGGAAACAACAGAAUUCAUAUGCUCAUGACAGAAAUUCAGAUUUACCCACAUGUCAUAACCAAGAUGACAUGCCAACUUUACCUACUCAGACUGAAGAUAAGUGUCACCCAAAGACGAAACCUAGUCUGACAUCCUUGGACUCAUUUGAGACUUCACAAAAAACGGAUCUGGAUAUUGCUGGGCAGCAUCCAUCACAUAAUCGAAAGUUUAGCUUCAGUCUUAGUAGGUUGAGCAGAAGUUUCACCUCUAAGCAGACUUCAGUACUUCCAGAAUUGAGUGCUACAAAAACCAUUCCCAAAAACCCACCUCAUUUUAUGGAUAGUGAUACAAGAGACAAGGCAAAUGCUAGUGGCGGUGGGAGAUCUAGCCCUUUGAGGAGGUUGUUAAACCCCCUAGCAAGAUCCAAGACUAGUAAGCCACCCAAUGGAACCUUAAGUUCUGUCACCAUGAAGCCUACAACAAACAGCAAUGAAAAUGUUUCUGCGAAGAAGCAUGAGAUAUCGACUUCUGAGGCUCUUCUGCAUCUCACGUGUAGAGACGACGGACUCCCAUUCUUUAAAUUUGUUGCAAAUAAUGGAAAUGACGUUUUAGCUGCUGCUGUCAACAAAUUGCCAACAUCUGGCAAGGGAGGUGGCUGUCUGAUUUAUUCUUUCUGUAAGGUUUCUGUAAUGAAAAAGAAAACCGGAGGUUGGGUAGGCCAGGGAUCAAAAGAGAAAUGCAGUGGACUUGGUUAUAACAUCAUCGGUAUGAUGAAGGUUUCUAGCUCUGAGGAUGAAUCUGUUGUGAGAGAAUCCGUCUUGUACAGUGUUGAUUUUGGACAGGGAGAUAAGCAAGCACCCGAGUUCUUGCCAAACAAAGAGCUUGCAGCCAUUAUGGUCAGGAACCAAAUGAUGAAACAUAACAAAGGAGACAUUGUAGUUAUCCUUCCCGGUGCUAUUCAUGGCUUGCCACAUAAAGGUGCACCUUCAUCCCUGAUUGAAAGAUGGAGAUCCGGUGGAUCGUGUGAUUGUGGAGGGUGGGACGUUGGCUGCAAGUUACGAGUUCUAGCUGGUGAUAACCAUGAGAACCAAGAUUCUAUAACCACAUUGGUUCAGAGGGGAGAGGAGGAGAAGAAGCCCGUGUUUUGGCUGUCACCAUUGAAGAAUGGAGUCUAUUCUGUACAAUAUGAUGCAUCAAUCACUUUGCUCGAAACAUUCUCAGCAUGCGUCGCCAUUUUAACUAGCCAGAAACUAUCCCAUAUCUUGGAAGUGCCCAAGCAAGAAAAGAUUAUCUCAGCUUCAUCAACCACAAUCCAAGGGCGAGGGCCUGCAAGAUAUGUCCUUUCUCCACCUCUAUCGCCGGUUGCAAGAAUCUAGUUUCCUUUUCUUUAUGUUCUUUAAUUUAGGAUGAUAAGUAUAGUUGAGAAAGCAUAUAUUGAGAUGAUUGGUGUUUGUGUUCAAUUUGGAUUAUCAACAAAUGCCAACAGGUGAGUAUAUACUGCAUUGCCACAGUUAUAAAGCUCCUUUUCCCCCCUGUGAAGUCCCAAAACUUUGUCUAUCAAAAAUUAUGUUUUGGGUACUUAGUUAAAGAGCAGUUAAGUGUAUAUCAGUUUCAACUAA